UCAACGUGUGCGUCGUUAUUUUCCCUGCUGCAAGUGUUUUUGUCCUUAAAAAAAAACAGAGCUAACCUGUUAACAAAACACGGGAUUUUUCCCCUCUUCAGUUAACAAAAUGAAACACAACUCUAAUGUUCCUGCGUUUCUCACCAAGCUGUGGACUCUGGUCGAAGAUUCUGACACUAAUGAAUUCAUUUGCUGGAGUCAGGAGGGUAACAGUUUCCUUGUGCUAGAUGAGCAACGGUUCGCCAAAGAAAUCCUGCCAAAGUUUUUUAAGCACAACAACAUGGCCAGUUUUGUCCGACAGCUGAACAUGUAUGGCUUUCGCAAGGUGAUGCACAUCGACACCGGCAUAGUGAAGCAAGAGCGGGACGGACCGGUUGAAUUCCAGCAUCCUUACUUUCGGAACGGCCGAGACGAUUUACUGGAGAAUAUAAAAAGAAAGGUCUCCAGUGCCAGACCAGAAGACAGCAAACUGAGGCAAGAGGAUCUGUCCAAGAUUCUGUCUAGUGUUCAAACCGUGCACGACAAACAGGAAAACAUGGACGCCAGGCUCGCCACUUUAAAACGCGAGAACGAGGCUCUGUGGAGAGAGAUGUCCGAUCUCAGGCAGAAGCAUGCGCAACAGCAACACGCUAUAAAAGAGCUUGUGCAGUUCAUCAUCACCCUGGUCCAGAAUAACCGUGUGCUGAACUUAAAACGCAAGAGACCUCUGCUAUUGAGCAGCAAUGGAAAGAAGUCAAAAUUCAUUUCCCAGAUCUACGAGGAACCAGUGGACCACAGCAACUCUGCAGUCAGUGGUCUGAAGAACAACACUGAUGUUGCCGAUGAUGUCAUCAUCUGUGAUAUCACGAACGAAGACGCAGAAGUCACAGUGGACACAACGAGAGUGGUAGAUGAGGGGGAUGUUGAAAUAAUUGAGGUAGACUGUGACAACAGCGAGACCACAGAAAAGGAGAGCACAAAUGGACAGAUACCAACAGACACUACUUUUCAAGCUGAAGGCGAAACAUCCAGAAGCUGCGACAACAACCAACCAACCAGCAGCACCUUGCAAUUAAACCAAUGUUCAGUUCUGAGUCAGGAGGACCCUGUGAAGAUGAUGGACUCCAUCCUCAAUGAGAGCGGCACCAUUUCUCAGAACAUUAACCUUUUGGGCAAAGUUGAGCUGAUGGACUACUUGGACAGUAUUGACUGCAGCUUGGAAGACUUUCAGGCCAUGCUGUAUGGAAAACAGUUCUCCACCGACUCCAGCGUUCUAGAGGAAACCGGCUCAAACUCAAAAGGUGGAGACGUUUCUGCUAAGACUGAGAGAGACAAUGGAGAUAAACAGUUGAUUCAGUACACCAGCUGUCCCCUGCUGGCCUUCCUGGAUGGUUGCAGUCCUCUCCCGUCAGUUUCAGAACCACAGCCUGAAGAUCUAAACCAGGCUUCAGGGAAAGAGAACACAGAAGACCCAAUGGACUUUCUGCAGUCAUCCCUGCAGAAUGUAGAGGCUCCACGCAGCUCAAUGAUCCGUCUCGAGCCCCUGACUGAAGCAGAAGCCAGUGAAGCCACACUCUUCUAUCUGUGUGAACUGGACUCGGACGUGCCUCCUGCUGACCCACCACAACUCGAUAUCUAAUGAUGGAAAAAAGCAAAAUGGACCAGACUGGGGGUUUGUUUGUUUGUUUGUUUGUUUUUCUUGUACAUAUUCAUCAAAAUGAUCUAUUUAUUUGAAGCAAUUUUUGGUACAUUUCUUCUUGCAUUGACAUUCCAUUAUGUCACAUCUGCUUUUUGAUCUUGUUCACUGUUGUCCUGGAUAAACGAGGGUUACAUCACAUCAAGUUUGUUAGAUGAGCUUGUAGAUUUUUUUUUUAAUUUUGUGUUUCCUUUUUUUAUAUUGAAUCCUGUGACCGUGAGAUUGGUUUGGGUUACAGUCAUGUGACAUGGUAUAGAAGUGCCUGCGCUCAGAUCUCUGUACAUAACAGUACUCUUAUUAGUUCAAUAAUGUUCUGAAAGUACAGUGAUUUGCCUUUCUGUUCAUGCUUUGUCAAUAUCCCAAGCUUUAUCAUGGUAUUAAAGAAGUUGCAAGGAAUUCAAGCCUGUCCUCAUUGCUGUUUUGAUGUGCGAAACCCAAAAUCUGAAAACCUGAAAGCUUAAAAUGACUUUCAUUAGUGUCAGUCUGUAUGAUUUGGUGGCUGUAUUAUUCGAAAGCUACCUGAUUGUAGCAAUCAUCACUCUGCCCUCUUCCGCGGACACUCUUAAAUAUCCUGUCUGCUCCAACAGAUGCUCUUGACCAAUCUUGUCCUUUCCUGCAGACACUCUUGAUCAUCGUGCCUGCUCCUGCAGAAAAUUAGAGCAAUCUCACCCCGUCCCCUGGUUAUCGUUUACACCUACUCGCAAUAUGUUCAGACAAACUUAACAUUAUUUUGUUUACCAAAAUAUAAACAAAUUGGUAACGACUGUAACCCUACAAAGACUAAAGCAGAUACUGAAGAUGAAUCAAUGCAGUAAUAACCGUGAAGGUAGACUACACUCAUUCAUCUCAAUAAACAUGGCUUUUAUUUUUC